CAAAUUUGUAUUUUUGUGCACGAGCUUGUUCCUGUUCUGGGUCUGUUUAGAUUAACACAACAAAGAUGAUGGAUGCGCUGUCUGUGGUCAGCCAGCUCCGUGACUUGGCCUCUGAACCACAGAACCGAGAAGUAAUUGUCCAGGACCAGGGCUGUCUACCUGGACUGGUUCUCUUUCUGGACCACCAGAGCCCAGAGGUGCUGUUGGCAACUCUGCAGACCUUGCGUUACCUGGCAGAACUGUCCCCCAACAUCCCCACAAUGAAAAAUGAACUGGGUAUGAUGGUAAGCCUGGAGAAUCUAAUGGCAAGGGAUGGUUUGUCUGUUGACAUCACAUCCUUGGCUCAGGAGGUUUAUGAUAUUCUUCGUGCACCCAUUAAUCCCGUGCCACGCACACCUGAGAGGGAGAGGAGGAAGAAACCCCAGUUCUUUCUUAACUCCACUAACAAGAAAGCCAAGUCUGUGACUCUACACAUCCAGGGGCUGGACAGCACUGAACAGCGAAGCAUGUGUGAGGAGGCUCUUCUGAAGGUCAAGGGAGUGAUCAGCUUCACCUUCCAGAUGGCCUCUAAGAGAUGCACUGUUCGCAUUCGCUCAGAUCUGCCCACUGAGAGUCUUGCAUCAGCAAUUGCUGCUACUAAAGUGUUGUCGGCCCAGCAGGUGGUGAAGAAUGAGUCAGGAGACGAGGUUUUUAUCCCUCUGAAAGCAGCUGGGGUGGAAGUGCCACAAAACUCAGCUCUACCAGACUACCUCCCAGAGGAGGAGGACAGCCCAGAGAAAGAGGUUGAUCGCGCAAUUUCCCGCACCACAGCUAAAGACGACGCCAGUGGAAGCUGGCUCAGUUCUGCCGCCAGUUUCCUCACCAGAUCCUUCUACUGGUGAAACCCUGUGACAGAUGUGCCAACAGCCUCUUCAAAAGUGUUGUGUAUAUAAUUAAAAUGGACAUUACUGGCUAUGAGAAUACCACUGGAUUAUACGUGGACUGUGUGUGCCUGGUCAGAACUACCAGUGUCCUCUAGAACACUUCAGAUUUAUCAUCUAGAUCUGGUCUUCCAUUCUGGGUUACACACGAUCACACAUCUGCAUCUUUUUCUUCCAACUAACUUUUCUUGUUAGAUGUAAAUAUUUUCUUGAAUCUCUUUUCUUUCAACACUUCUGAUCUGUCCAUUUUAAUUUUACUUUUUAAAUGUUACAUUUUUAUGCAGCUGGAAGAGAAUUUUCUGUCUUGUCUGAGGUGUGUUUUUAUUACAGCAUAAACCCAGAAAAUAUUA